UCUUUGUCGAAGAUUGGCUGUCCAUAGACGUGUGGUUUUAUCUCUGGGCUUUAUCUCCAGCUUUUUUUGCUGGGGGCUCUCCACUCCUCUAGCUAGCUCUAUUGGACAGGGUCCAGGGUCACAUCACCUUGGCUCUCUCUAUUGCAUGGCCCCUAUUUGGUUCCCAGGAAACACUCAAACAUUCCUUGUUCUGACAAAUUCUGGGAAUGCCAGCCAAUCCCAACACAGUCAACCCUGUCUUCCUGCCAAGGGCCACAUUAGCUUUCUUGGAAUGGGGUGCAGCUCCAAUCCUUUGUCUGUACUGCAGAGAACAAAUGGCAAGCUCUCUGAGUGGUCUGAUGAAACACCCUUCACUAGGGUUGAGGUGAAGGAGGUAAUAUCUCCACCAUCCCAGCACUCCUGUGGAAAGUGGAACGGACUCUAAGCCUGGCAACAGAUCUCUGCAAGGAAAAGUUUUCACAAAUUUUCCCACCCACUCUCCUCCACGAUCUGACUUCUUUUUAUUUCUUGGAAUUUGUUGUAGAGCAUUUCCUUUGUAAAUUCUGUAUACGAUGACCUAGCUUUGGAAUUUCCCAUCUAUUGUAUGGCAUCUAUUAUGUCUUUUGGAAACCUGAAUUUUAAUAUCAUCUUACCUAAGGCUUAUUUUUUUCUAAUUAGGUAAGAAAAAUUAGACCACCCCUGGUGAAAUCUCCAGUUAUAUUCAAGUAGCCUCAUUUUCUUCUGACACAAAAAAAAGUUGAGAUGACAACAUUAACAUUUCUUGACCAUCUACCAUGCAGUGCAUGCUUUAGAGAUGUUUUCUCAUAUAAUCCUCAUGAAGAUAGCUUCUUUUACAGGUGAGAAAACUGAGUCUCAAAGAAAUUAAUUGACUUCCUCAAGGUAACCCAGAAAACAUAGAGAAAACCUGAGGCUGAAACCCAGGUCUAUCUGACUUCAAAAUCCAUGGUCUUUUUGUUAUGCCAUGAUCUUCAAACUUUUCCACCAAAAUACCCCAAAUGGCAGAAAGAGUGACCAUGUAUCCCCGGGGAAGUCUGGGCGGCCCAAAGAGGCCCCACCACAGGUGCAAAAUUUCUCUGAAGUCUCAUGCUUAACUGCAAAAAUGCAUAAAAUAUUUGCAUUUUAUUCUACAAUAUAUGUGAUUGUUGUCAUGGAAAUAUGUUGAAAAUUAUCACUCAAGUUACCUAUGUUCUCCCUAUCUGAAUUUUCAAGUAAAAUUGAUCCUCCAGAAAAAUUCAUUGUGUUUAUCCUGUAGCUUCAUGAAUCUUAAGCAUACUAUUUCAGUUUGAGAAAGCCCAACAUAUUCCACGAGGUAUUAGAGUAUGAUUUUUUUUUAACCUAGAGGCCAUGGAGCAUGGAAAUGAUACGCCCAUUUCUGAAGGAAGGGAAGGUCUAUAGCUUUCAUUAGGUUCUCAAAGGAAUCCAAGAUCCACAAGAUUAAGAGCCACUGCUAUAAAGAAAAGAGCAAAGACUUGGAUCACACUGCCUUGUUUUCAAAUAUCGGCUCCAAGCUUAACUAAACUGCAUGAUACACUUCCUCUCUGAGACUCAGUUUCCUUAUUUGUAAAAUGAAGAUAAUAAUAUCCAAGUUACAGAGUUGCUGUGAGGAUUAAAUGAAAUUCUCUACAUUGAAUGCUUGACACAGAGUAGGCACUCAAGAAAUGUUAAUCUACUACCUGCUGCCACAAUAUGUAAAACACAGUAAGGGCAUUUAAACAACAGGUGGAUGAAUAAUUUGUAACGGAACAAUACCCUGGAUAGAUAUGCCUCCUUCCAACAUAUAUUCUAACUAAAGCUUAGACCCCCCAGCCAGAAACUCGGACUUCGAUUCCAAGAUUGAUGUUAAAUUUCCACAAAAAUUCAAAAUAAAAGUAUUCAGCUGGUGCCUAAAAAAAAAGGUUUCUCGAACCUAGAAACAUACAUAUGUAUACAUCCUGUUUGUAAAGAUGGAAUUAUUUAAAUAUCACUACAUCCUGGCAUGUUUGGUUUCAAUUCUAAGUAUGUAUUACCAUAAGAUCUAGGAUGAAAAACCUCUUGAAUUGAGCAAGAGAUCUGAUCCUCUUAAACGACACACGGAGAAGCUUUUACAAACACAGGGAGCCUUCACAAAUCCUACAGAUUCAUGAAGAAGCCUCGAAGGGGUUAAAGUGGAAGGCUUCGACAAACUUUGCUUCUCAGCUUCUCUCUUAUCUCCUCCCCCUCGGCUCCACACCGCUAAGGCAGAGCGGGGCUGCAUCACUAGCUUUCCCUGCAUCCUCUAAACUGUUGCCUGCAAAAGAGAACGGGGGACUUAACUAUUCAGGCUGCUUGCAUUCAAGGGUUCCAGACCGUGUCAUACACAUCCAAACAGGCACUUCUCUUGCUCUUUGGAGUUUAUAAGGAGCAGGCAUCUGAAACCGCACUCUGAAGCUAUAUUCCAGAGAUGUUCCGGAACAAGUUGCCUGUCGGUGCAAGCUUCAAAAGGGAUUCUUAAAUGGCCAACCCCAUUCAUCCGGUGAGCCAGGAAGAAAAAUAAAUCUGUUGAAGAAUCUUAAAUCUUCUGAGCCUAGACCUACUGCUGUCAGCACCUCUGAGACCUCCUGCUGCUGAGAAUUACCAGAUCUGACAACACCUUCCCUCCAGCCUACGGUGAGGGACAUCAACAAAGCUGUAGAAAACUCACAUCUUCUAGACUUUCAGCCCUCAGGCUAUGGCAGCUGGGCAGGAAGCUUACAAGCUCCAUCCUUAGGGAAGAUUCAGAAAGACAAGAAGGGUGAAAAUUCAGAUAUGCUGAGCCUUAAAUAUACAAAAACCUUUAGAAAGUUUCCUCACAGUAGAACCCAAUGAAAUCCACGUAAUUAGUGAACACAUUUAUAUGAGCUGUAGGUAAAACAGAGCCUUUUUUCCCUCUACCAAAACAGAGUAAAAGUCUGAUUUAACACUCUGAAAGAUUCUUGUCCCAAUACCAGUAUUAUAAAGCAGUUUCACGAUAUUUAUUUUAAUCAGUAUAAGAGUAGGACUGUGGAAAAUAAAAGAUUUAUUUAUGUAUAAAUAUUUUUUAAAUGAUUAAGAAGUUCUGAUAAAACCUAUUUGGGAGGGGGGCUGCUGUGCUGGAGGACAGAGAGGGUGUUGCCAAAUUAGGACAUCACCAUUUUCUUGCUGUGUACGACUGACUUGGCUCUGGUCGUGAUUGCUUUGUAUGAGAUUGUUGGAACACCUCCAAUACAUUCAGACACAGUCUAAGUGACUGUGGAAUGCCUCAAGGGCAAUAGAAAUCAAACAGAAACAGGUACCAAUCCAAGUCUUAAGUGAUGACAGAGGUGCAUUUCAAGUACCAUGGAAAUCUCACUGGGCGGGCCCAUUACCCUACCCUGGCAACAGAGGUUGACACCACUUCAGAUAAGUAUUCUAACCUGUACAUGUAUGUGGGCUUAUUCCUGAGCCUCCUGGCUAUUCUUCUCAUUCUGCUCUUCACAAUGCUCCUUCGGCUCAAACAUGUCAUCUCGCCCAUCAACUCUGAGAGCACAGAAAGUGUUCCUCAAUUCACAGAUGUAGAGAUGCAGAGUCGAAUCCCCACUCCUUAAAGCCA